AUAGCUAGCAAUUUUAUGUCCAUUUCCGAGAACCAAUUUGUGAGUAAAAUGGAAGCUGGGAAAACACAGGUCUUUAAACCAUGGGCGGUCUUCAUUCUAGCAAUCCUCAUGGCUGGAUUGUGCGCGGGACAUGAUAAACAUAUCGAACCAAGAAAGCUCGCUAGUACUACUGACAGACCAGGUUCAAUAAGCAUUGAUUGUGGGGUGAGUGAAGAUUAUCUUGAUGAACAAAGUGGAAUACAUUACAAGUCAGAUUCGAAUUUCGUUACAGCUGGAGAGAAUAAACAGGUACUCCCGCGAUACAUACUCACACAUCCUCAACUCGAGGCUUCUUCUUUUAUGGAAAUUAUGAUGGCCAGAAUAAACCUCCCGCGUUUGAUGUAUACCUAGGAGUGAAUUAUUGGCUGACCGUAAACUUCAGCGACGACACAACAUUUUAUUCCGAUGAAAUCAUCCAAUUUUUGUGGACCGAUACAAUAAAUGUCUGCUUGCUGAAUACUGAUUUUGGUAUUCCAAUCAUUUCUGGAUUGGAACUUCGGUUUUUGAACAACUCUAUUUACCAGAUUGAAUCAAAAUCAAAAGUACUC